AUUUUGCUAGUCAUGUAUCAUUUGGCAUGCCAUUAUUUAUUUGAAAUAUAUCUUCCCUACAGUCUCAGUAAUCUUUGAGUGUGAAGCAGAGCAUCACUAUUUACUGGUCAUUUAUUUGUGUGAAUUCUAUAAAAUGGUUGGCUGGUAUAAUUAUAUCACUACCCAUCGAACUCAAUUGAGUGAUACGAUAAUGUAAAUCCAAAUAAUUUUUUUUGCUGUUUAAAUCUUUCUUGUCUGCCUUAAUUUCAUUAAGUCUUAAUUACACAUCAUUUGAGAAGAAAGUCAAAAUUAAAACCCACAAAAAAUGCACAAUAAAAAGAAAGCAGCGGAGGAAACUAAGCUUGGCAGCCAGCGGCUAUAAAUACCUCACCACCUUGUUGGCACCAUCCAAAGGAACAGAGAGUUCCAGCAGAGGAGUGAGACCCAAGGGUGCAAACCACAGCUCUGCCUUCUUCCCCCACCAUGGCUGCCAUGCGGUCUCCGAUCAUCGGUCUCCUCCUCCUCCUGCUCCCAAUCGCGCCGUCUUCCUCCAUCAAGUUCCCGCUCGAAGGCAAUGUCUACCCUGUUGGCCACUUCUAUGCUACGUUGAACAUCGGUGAACCCGCGAAGCCCUACUUCCUGGAUGUCGACACUGGAAGCAACCUCACCUGGCUGGAGUGCCACCACCCGGUCCACGGCUGCAAGGGCUGCCACCCGAGGCCACCACACCCAUAUUACAAGCCAGCAGCUGACAAGUUGAGGGUGCAAUGUGGUGGCCCGCUAUGUGCUGCAAUGCGCCGAGACGUGCCUGGGAUCCCUGAGUGCUCCAGGAAAGAUCCACAUCGAUGCCACUACGAGAUUCAGUAUGUCACCGGGAAGUCAGAAGGUGACCUUGCCACUGACAUCAUUUCUGUCAUUGGGAAAGACAAGAAAAACAUCGCUUUCGGAUGUGGAUACAAUCAGGAGGAACCAGCAGACGCACCGCCCUCGUCGGUAGAUGGCAUCCUUGGACUUGGGAGGGGAAAGGCAGGCUUUGCCGCACAACUCAAGGGGCUAAAGAUGAUAACAGAGAAUGUCAUUGGACAUUGCUUCAGCGGCAAAGGAAAGGGCGUCCUCCUCGUCGGGGACUUCAAUCCGCCGUCCCGUGGCGUAACCUGGGUACCCAUGAGAGAAUCCUUGUUUUACUACUCACCUGGCCUAGCAGAGCUGUUCAUUGACAAACAGCCGAUAAGAGGGAAUCCAACAUUUGAGGCUGUAUUUGACAGUGGUACCACGUACACCUUCGUGCCUGCCCAGAUAUACAAUGAACUUGUUUCAAAGGUUAGAGGCACUCUCAGUGAAUCAUCACUUGUAGAGGUGAAGGGUCGUGCUCUGCCUCUAUGCUGGAAAGGGAAAAAGCCAUUCAGAUCUGUCAAUGAUGUGAAGAACCAAUUCAAGGCACUGUCACUAAAAAUUACCCACGCCCACGGCACCAGCUACCUGGACAUCCCUCCUCAAAACUACCUCAUCGUGGAGGAAGACGGGAAAACGUGCUUGGCUAUCCGCGAUGCCUCCUCGGAUCCUGUUCUGAAGGAACUGAACUUUAUCUUGAUAGGAGCUGUUACGAUGCAGGAUCUGUUUGUGAUAUACAACAACGAGAGCAAGCAGCUCGGAUGGGUUCGUGCGCAGUGCGACAAGGCACAGGAGCUUGAAUCCAUCAUCGAUUCGCGUCUCUGAACAAUGUUCAGAUCGACAUAGACAAAAAUCUUAACGAGAAGAAAUGAGUGCUCUCGUAUAUAUGGUGUAAGAAAAGGCUGCAUGAUGCUCCCACUUAUAAUGAAUAAAAUGUUGGCAUACCGAUCGA